AAUUCAUGUUCAGUGAAACUCCUCUGACAACAAUCUCACAUUCAUCAAUUCACCAAUAAAUGCAGGAAUAUCUCCAUCAGUUCUCAAGUGAAGAGGAGCAUCAAACCAUCCAAGAAGAGAUGAAAUCUGUAAAGAUUGAGUUUAUUAAAGAGGUAAGAGAGGAGAUGGGAGAUCCAGAACCCUGCAGAAUCAAACACACUGAAGAUACUGAAGAACAAACAGAGUUGAUUGAAGAUAAUGUGGUGAAAGAAGAACUGAGUGAAUCUGAGAAGAAAAAUCAUGUUAGAAGUGGAGAGAAACCUGAACAGAAUGAUUUAAAGAAAAAAAGAACCAAUAAAUCUUUCACCUGCACUCAGUGUGGAAAGAGUUUCUCACGAUCAUCAAAGCUUAAGGAUCACAUGAACAUCCACACUGAAGAGAAACCAUACACAUGUGAUCAAUGCGGGAAGAGCUUCACAAUAAAAAGAUACCUUGCAUCACAUGUGAGAAUUCACACUGGAGAGAAGCCGUUCACUUGUGAUCAAUGCGGGAAAACAUUUUUGUUUGCUUCAGAACUGAAGAGACACCUGAGAGUUCAUACAAAGGAGAGACCACAUUCAUGUCAUUUUUGUGGAAAGAGGUUUUCACAUCUAAAAAAUUUGAAAGAACAUGAGAAAAUACAUACUGGUGUGAGAGAGUACAUGUGCUUUGAGUGUGAGAAGACCUUUACUUCAGCAAAGUAUUUAAAACAGCAUGAGAGGAUUCACACUGAAAAGAAACCUUACAAGUGUUCACACUGUGACAAGCGAUUCAGUCAGACAAGAGACCUGAAAAGACAUGAGAGGAUUCACACUGGAGAGAAACCUUACCAAUGUUCACACUGUGGCAAGAGAUUCAGAGAUUUAGGAAACCUGAAAACGCAUGAGAUGAUUCACACUGGAGAGAAACCGCACACAUGUGAUCAGUGCGGGAAGAGUUUCACACUAAAAGCAAACCUUACAAGACACAUGAGAGUUCAUACUGGAGAGAAACCAUUCACUUGUGAUCAGUGCGGGAAGAGUUUCUCACAAUCAUCAAACCUUCAGCUACACAUGAACAUCCACACUAGAGAGAAGCUGUACACAUGUGAUCAAUGCGGGAAAACAUUUUUGAGGGAUUCAGAACUGAAGAAACACUUGAAAGUUCAUACAAAGGAGAAGCCACAUUCAUGUCAUUUGUGUGGAAAGAGUUUUUCAUUUCUACAAAGUUUGAAAAUACAUCAGAAAAUACAUUCUGCUGUGAGAGAGUACAUGUGCUUUGAGUGUGAAAAGACUUUUACUACAGCAAAGUGUUUAAAACAGCACGAGAGGAUUCACACUGGAGAGAAACCUUACAAGUGUUCUCACUGUGACAAGAGAUUCAGUCGGUCAUCAAAUCUGAAACUACAUGAGAGGAUUCACACUGGAGAGAAACCGUGUCACUGCACUGCAUGUGAAAACUAUCACAAGUUGAUUAAAGACAAUGAGGAAAAAGAAGAAUUGAGUGAAUCUGAGAAGAAAAAUCAUGUCAGAAGUGGAGAAAAACCCAAACAGAAAGAUUUAAAGAAAAAAAGAACCAAUAAAUCUUUCACCUGCACUCAAUGUGGAAAGAGUUUCUCACGAUCAUCAAACCUUAAGGAUCACAUGAACAUCCACACGGAAGAGAAACCAUACACAUGUGAUCAAUGCGGGAAGAGCUUCACAAUAAAAAGAUACCUUACAUCACAUAUGAGAAUUCACACUGGAGAGAAGCCGUUCACUUGUGGAGCUAUUAUUAUGACAAAAUGAUUUGAAAUUG